GCCGUGUCUGAGCCAGAUGAAGUGACAGCAGCGGCCUCGGCGGUACGCCCACCGGCUUCGGGCCCUGGGCCCCAGCCUGAAGCCUCCACCAGCGGCCAGGAUGGCAGCGGCGACAAAACCCGUUUGGUGGAGAUGGGGCAGCAGCAGAGGCCAAUCGAUCGCCUUCCUCGGGAGAUG